AUGGCAGAACCCAUCCAGCAGCUGACCACUCAUACAGAGAGGGGACAGGGCCAGGAGAACAUACCCUAUACCCUCAUCACCCACAAGGAGAAGUGUGGGGACAUGCUUUAUGAGAAACGUUUCUACGAGAAGGCUAAUUGGGCAUGUGUCGCAGUCCAUGAGGAUACGUAUGAGCAGAGUGUCUGCCUGGGGUUCAUGAAACUCAUGAGAUACAUCUGUCAGCAGAACUCCUCAGGUCACUACCUGGGGAUUACCAUUCCCAUAGUAACUGUGGUACGCAUGGAUGAGUCAUGCUCAGUUCUCUGUAGGGAUGUGACUGUGGCCAACUACCUGCCAUCGCAACACCAAGCCCAGCCACCCCUUCCGCUCGACCCUGACAUUGCCUUGCAGGAGUGGCCCAACACUAUAGUCUACAGCAGCUUGUUUACUGGGGUUACCAACGAGCGGUCCAUCAUGAAUGAGCUGAACAUGCUGGCUGAGGUUCUGGGGUUAUCCGAGGUCAUCCUGCACAACCACUUCAUUGUGGCAGGCUACACCAACCCCACUGCGGUCAGCCAAAACAAUGAAAUAUGGUUCUUGGAGCGCCAGUGA